UUUAUUUUCCCCGUUACACUCUUGCCAUGGCUGACAGCGCUACAGCUUAAAUAAAAAACUCUUCUCUAUUAGUUCUGUAGAUAUGCUUUAGCGACCACUUGGACUUGAUGUGAUGUCAGAUAAGCGUCAGCGUGCCAGAGUUCAGGGCUGCUGGGCGAAACAACUGCCAAAACACUCAGGUCCAACAGGUGCAGGCCCAAAUUGCAAUGAAUCCAAAAAUGCCAACGUGGCCUCUGGUUCUUGGGGUUUUGGGCCUCAGAAAACAACUAAAACCUUUGAAUUUCUCCAGCCCUCCCAGCCAAUUAGAGAUGUGCCACCAGAGAAGGUGAUAGAACAGGCAGGUGAUUUUGAGAUCAGCCAUGGACCAUCAGGGGUGUCCAGGCUGCGGCUGCUGCCUGGAUUUCUCUCCCUAGAAGAGGCCAACUGGAUGUUCAGUAAGCUGCUUGCAGAGCUUCCAUGGUCCCAAAAGACCAACUACAGACAAGGUGAAGCAUACGAGGAACCCAGGCUGACCUGCUGGUAUGGAGAGCUCCCAUAUACCUAUGCUCGCUCCACAAUGGCUGCAAACAUGCAGUGGCAUCCAUUGCUGGUAAACCUUUGCAAGGCAGUGGAGCAUGCGACUGGAUGCAGCUUCAACUCCCUGUUGUGUAACUUGUAUCGGGAUGGCCAUGACAGCAUUGGCUGGCACAGCGACGACGAAGCCUCAUUGGGUCAAAAGCCAACUAUUGCUUCUCUUAGUCUGGGCGACACCAGAGUCUUCAGUCUCCGCAAGCAGCCUCCACCGGAGGAGAAGGGUGACUACACUUACAUGGAGCGGAUUCGGAUUCCUCUGAGUCAUGGCACACUUCUGCUGAUGGAAGGAGCCACACAGGAUGAUUGGCAGGUGCCGGGUCUUUCGCACUACACCAGGGGUGUCCAACUCCAUGUCUCAGGGGCCAGUUUCCUGCAGGUUUUAGAUAUGUCCUUGAUCCAAAACAGCUGAUUUAAAUGGUUAAGCAUGUCAAAAUGAACAACAUACAUAUUCAGAUAACAAAAGAACACUGAUAGUUUGUUUUUAAGGAUCUUUUCAGCCUGUUUUACAUAGAUAGUUUUGUACUGUGAUGCUUUUGUAAAUUAUCUUUCUUGCACAAACUAAGUUAUUAUUAAAACAGCAACCUUGAAAAAACACUUCUAAUGAAACACUGGACAUUCACACUGAAUAGUCUCCUCGCUGUUGUGCGAUAGAGGAGUGUUAGUGCUUCUGACUCACCAUGUGAGCAUAUAGAUGUGUGGUGAAGGCAGUCAGGUUCCUCUCGCCUGGCCAACCAGUAACAAGGAUGAAUGGAGAGGCCUGGAGAGAAGAGUAAGGCUUCAACCUAAUGAGAGCCUUCUUUCUAUUCUUUUCUUUUCUUUUCUUUUCUUUACGAUCAAAGUCAGACCCAACCAGAUUUACAUGAGUGCAAGGCUCUUGUGUAUGUAACAGAGAGAGUAGCUGGGUUCUGUUGAAAAUAACUGGGUCACACUCAGGUAUGAGAAUGAGUUAUUACAGCAUAUUUCAUUAUGGCCAAAUCUAUUUGCAGAGCAGGUAAAAUGGGCCAUGAUGUUUAGGUAUAUCUUUUUAAACUUUGUUCAAGGAUGCAUAGCAAAACAUAGACGCUUAGAGAGAUGCUCACACUUGGCUCUGAAUUCUUAUGAAAGCAAUAAGGACACUUUCACUGGACUAUACAGAGUUGUGUGGGGGGAAAAAAAAUUUCCACCUGACUGUACAUAUAUAAAACGGUUUAAACAAGUUUAAACAAGUGUUGUCCACCGCUAGAGGAAUUCAAUGAUCAAAACAAUACCACUGAUAUAAAUCAGGACGGGCCCCAAAUGGAGCUAUCCUCAACUUUCCACUACACAAUGUUCACUUACUAAAAACUAAGUGAUGUGAGAGAGUGAGAGAUACAAGUUGAGGCAAGGAGAUGAAAGAGGUUUGAGCUGAAAGAAGGAGAGGAUAAGGUCAUAGGUGUUUUAUGACGACACCCCCCUGAGUAACUUAACAGGGGCUUCAUUACUCUCUUUCAAGAAAAAGAUCACUUCAGACAUUAAUUUUAUCUCCAUUAUUGCAGUCAUGGUUGGCCUAACAAAACCAUCUGGUUCACUGAGCAAGUUUUAGAAGUGGUGGCUAAAUAUUUAACUAAACCCAUCAGUCCUGCUAAAGUACUUCACGUGUUUGAAAAUGGAUACAGGAAUCAUUCUGUGUUUACGUAGCUCUUUUUUUUUUCUUUUCACACUGUGUAUAAGCAAACCUUGCACCUCCUUCUCAGAUUUUGAUGGAGGUGUAGUGGUGUUUCUGCACUUGUGUGUGUCGUUGAGUCCACAAGCUGCACAAAAUGUAUGAAGGCCAUUAUUUUCUUGUGCAAAAGGUAGUAGUGCUGGCUUUGCACAGGUGAAUAAAUGAGACUUUUCCAUGUCUGAUGGUGUUUCUCUGGACUGUAUACAUGUGUUGUUGUUUGUUUUUUUUCUCAGAUUUGUCUAUUAUCACUUUACACUCUUUUUUUCUACAUAGAACAAAAUAUAGCUGGCUUAGCUCAUGGCUAUUCAUACAUUUCUUUCUUUUGAUUCUAGUGGAAAAUUUGUAGAUGUUGCCCAUUAAUAGAAACUUAAUAGAGCAAUACUUGCCCAAGAUUGUUAAUUGCUCACUUACACUACAUUUUUAAGAAAGAAUAACUUUUAAAUAUGUUGCUUAUGAGUCUCUCUGUUCCCACCAGCAUCAAGUGGCUAAAGAGUACCAUGACAGGGGCCCACGCAUCAACUUGACCUUCAGAACUAUCUACCCGGAGCCAGAGGGCCAGAGGGCAGGUACCAAAAUGCGAUUCACAGCCAAGUGACUGUAAAUCUUCCUCA